AUGGCUGACAAGCAAAUCAUUCCCCCAAAGCAUGACCUCGAUGCCAAAUGGGACGCCUGCCUUGAUCUCACUGUCCGUCGCUUCGUCUACUCCUCAUCUGCCGGUGCAUUUGCCGGUGCAUUUGCCGGUUCAGCUUCUGUUGCAUACAGUGUUUCUGGCAACAGGAGUGCUGCAGCCUACUUGAAAGGAAUGAGCAGGGUGUAA